GGUGCUCCCCGAGUUUCCGGGAUUCAUCCGCGCCGCUAAGCGCGGUUAAUGGAGAGGAAGUGAACGCGCGAGAGCAGAGCACAGUGCAGGUGGAGCGCCACGCGCUUAUUGUCUUAUCUGCACGAGAAAGUUGAACACGCCGGUUUUUUGACCUCUGCACGCUUCUUUUUGGCCAUGUCUGGAGUGAUCCGAGGCCCUGCUGGUAGCAACGACUGCCGGAUUUAUGUGGGGAAUCUCCCUCCUGAUAUCCGCACUAAAGAUGUCGAGGACGUUUUUUACAAAUACGGAGCGAUCCGAGAUAUCGAUCUGAAAAACCGACGAGGUGGACCUCCGUUUGCCUUUGUCGAGUUUGAAGACCCCAGGGAUGCUGAGGAUGCAGUUUAUGCUCGGGAUGGUUAUGACUACGAUGGCUAUCGGCUUCGAGUGGAGUUUCCCAGAAGUGGACGCGGUAUGGGGAGGGGAGGCUUUGGUGGUGCUCCCAGAGGCCGAUAUGGACCUCCAUCCAGGCGAUCUGAAUACAGAGUCAUUGUUUCAGGUUUACCACCAAGUGGUAGUUGGCAAGAUCUGAAGGAUCACAUGCGUGAAGCAGGUGAUGUAUGUUAUGCUGACGUUUUCCGAGAUGGAACCGGUGUGGUGGAGUUUGUGCGCAAAGAAGACAUGACCUACGCCGUUCGAAAACUGGAUAACACUAAAUUCCGGUCACAUGAGGGGGAAACUGCUUAUAUCCGUGUGAAAGUGGAUGGUCCUCGCAGUCCCAGCUACGGAAGAUCAAGGUCCCGGAGUCGCAGUCGCAGCAGGAGUCGCAGCCGCAGCAACGAGCGCAGCCGCAGCUACUCGCCACGCCGUGGCCGAAGCUCCCCUCAGUACUCCCCCCGGCACAGCCGCUCUCGCUCUCGCUCCUAAGCCUUCCACUCGCUGCUGCGGUGGUGCUUUGGGUUUGCGUUUCCCUUCCCCUGUUUUUUUGGUGAAGCUGUUGAGUUUUUACAAACCCCCUCCCCUUUUCCUUUUUUUAAUAUUAGUUUUACCCCCACCCCCCGUCUUCAUGACACUUUUUUUUUUGAUCGCCCCGCUCCCAUCUCCCACCCCCAAUGUCUUAACAAUCAACAACCAUCUAAUUUUUAACACCGCUUUUUUAAAGGACUCUGUCGACACUCUUCACAUUCUCACCGUUCUUUUGUCCUCUUUUUGAAUACAAGAUGGAACUCUCAUUGACCAAACAAAGAGUUGUUCAAUGCCUCUGAAUAUUUUUGUAAAUGCCAUCUACUGUUUUUCAUGAGUGGGCUCACAUGUUUUACCCUUUUGUCUUCCUGUAGUCGCUUGACCAGAAACCAUGAACUGAUACUUUGUAAUAAAGAAUUACUGAAUCAUUUGAGUUACAGGUUGAAAUGUAUAAACGGUCAGCUGUC